AUGGCUACCGCAGAUCUCCACGACACCGUCGGAGCUCUUCAAAUUGGCUCCUUGUUCUCUAUCUUCCUCUAUGGGAUUCUCACGCUCCAGGCCCAUAUGUAUUACCAGAAGUUCAAAGACGAUAGAUGGCAACUUAGGAUGUUGGUGGCACUAGCUUGGCUUUUGGAACUCGGCCAUACGUUCUGCGUCAGCGCCGAAAUAUACAAGGCUACCAUAACAUAUUAUGGUCGCCCUGAUAAACUGUUCCCUUUCCCGUUCCUUGGGGCGUCGACGGCUGUUGGUGGGGGCAUUGCCUUUCUCGCCCAUUCCUUCUUCUCUGUCCGAGUGUUUAGGGUACUUCCAAGACCAUGGAACUGUGUUGGGGCUGUUACUUUCCUCAUCGCCCUCGUGCGUUUCAUCGGGAGUAUUGUCCUUGCAGCCCGCGCCGUCAGUGCCCCAGGUCUUGAAGAGUAUCGAAGAAGCGUCGGAUGGAUGGCGGUCUCGCUGUUGUCGAUGGGCGCAGCGAUUGACAUUAUGAUCGCUACGUCUAUGCUAUUCUAUUUGUAUGGUCAGCGCGAAAAGGUUCUGGCUAGGUCUGUUCGCUUGAUUGACCGCCUGGUACAAUACACGUUGUGUACUGGGUUGCUUCCAAGCCUUUCGGCCGUAGUGAUGGUCAUCAUGUACAGCGUUGAUCCAGAUUCAAUGAUCUGGCUGGCGAUCUACACUUGCCUUGCGAAGUUGUAUUCGAACAGCGUCCUCGCGUCACUCAACGCUCGCGCUACACUUCGAUCGACGUUCAAUGACAGUUCAUCGGCCGCACCCUUUGGACGCCCGACUCGAGCGAAUGAUCCCAGCCAACUUGUGGUGGCUGUUGAGAUGAAGUCGGCCGUCACUCACGAUGGCCAAGACCAGAUGAGCAAGUCCUAUGACUUUGAGCAUGCUUGA